AUGAAACAUGAAGUGACUUUGUCUUCCUUGUUGCAGAUCCAUAACAUGGUGGCAGUGCUGGAAGUGAUCUCCAGCCUGGAGAAAUAUCCCAUUACCAAAGAGGCACUUGAGGAAACGAGACUUGGGAGGCUUAUCAAUGAGGUGAGGAAGAAGACAUCCAAUGAGGAACUUGCCAAACGUGCCAAGAAAUUGCUGCGGAAUUGGCAAAAGUUGAUAGAACCUGUAACCCAGAAUGAACCAGUGCCAAGAGGGUUGCCGAAUCCACCCGGAUCAGCAAAUGAUUCUCCAAAAACAGAGAAAUUGGGAAAUCGGAAAAGGAAAGGUGAACACAGGGACGGGCAUCAGGGCCCUCCUCCCCCAAAAGUCUCCAAAGCUAGUCAUGAAGUAUUACAAAACUCUUCACCCCCUCCAACAAAUGGAAUUGGAGGUAGUCCUGAAAAUUUUCCUAGUCCUGUAGACGUAAAUCUACAUGCAGGGCCUGAAAGCAGCAGGACAGAACUCAGUGAAAAUGAUAAACACAAUAAGAUCCCAGUAAAUGCUGUAAAACCUCACACCAGUUCUCCAGGACUUGUAAAACCUUCAAGCACUUCCUCGUUAUUAAAGACUGCAGUGCUUCAGCAGCAUGAUAAAUCGGAAGAAACCACAGGACCGCACCAACCUAAGAGUCCUCGCUGUUCCUCGUUUAGCCCUAGAAAUGUUAGGCAUGAUACUUUUGCUCGGCAGCAUACUACGUACUCACCAAAGGAUUCAAUGCCUAGUCCAUCUCAAAGGUCUCAGUUCUUAGAUACUGCACAGGUGCCGUCACCGCCACCAUCCUUGAUGCAACCAUCAACACCUCCAAUGCCAGCAAAAAGACUGGAGUUCUCUCAGCAAUCGGUAACUGAGGUUUCUCAGCACUGGCAGGAGCAGCAGGUACCUUCUGAAAGCCAGCACAGGCAUCCAGCAGGGACACUUCAACAGCACACAUCUCCCAGCUGCAAAACCAGCUCCCACCCUGGGGAAUCUCUCACGCCACACAUGGGCUUUUCACAGGACACUUCAAAAAUGGACAGUGAUGAUGCUGCUUCAGGUUCCGAUAGUAAAAAGAAGAAAAGGUACCGACCCAGAGACUAUACGGUCAACUUGGAUGGGCACGUGACAGAAGGGGGUGUGAAACCUGUGAGAUUAAAAGAGAGAAAACUCACUUUUGAUCCCAUGACAGGACAGAUAAAACCUUUAACACAGAAAGAUCCUUUGCAGGUAGAAAUCCCUGCACUUACUGAACAGCACAGGACAGAAACGGAAAAGCAGGAGCAAAAACCCAACCUGCAAAGCCCUUUUGAACAAACGAACUGGAAAGAAUUAUCCAGAAAUGAAAUCAUUCAGUCAUAUUUAAACAGACAGAGUAGCUUGCUGUCUUCAUCAGGAGUACAGACUCCAGGAGCUCACUACUUCAUGUCUGAAUAUUUAAAGCAGGAGGAAAGCACUAGAAAAGAGGCUAGAAAGACUCAUGUUCUAGCUCCUAACAGCAAACCUACAGACUUGCCUGGGGUCACAAGAGAGGUCACAAGUGAUGACCUCAACAGAAUACGUGAACACAACUGGCCAGGCGUGAACGGUUGUUAUGACACACAGGGUAACUGGUAUGAUUGGACACAGUGCAUAUCUUUAGAUCCACACGGGGAUGAUGGUAGAUUGAACAUCCUGCCUUACGUCUGCCUAGACUGAGUACAGUUUUGCUAAAAAUGCUUUUACAUCUGCAGUUAGCAAAAAUGGCAGACGCUAUGCCACUUAAAGACGGAGAAAGCCUCCUGUCCCGGACAAACAGGCCCAACGAGCAGAGGGUGUGAGGGAGCUGGUUCUUUACAGCUCUUUCCUUUAAAUUCUCCUUUUGUGAAAUGCUGCUACCAGUUUACUAACAAUUGCAAAGGAAGGCAUACGAAGGUUGAUAAAUUGAGUUCAAAACUCUAUAGCGAGCCAGCUAUAAAAAAGUGUUAGUCCCCAAGAAGUGAAGAGGAUUUCCAGCACUUUCUGAAUGCCGGAAUCUUAUUACAGGCAGGUACAGAGAAAAUUGUGGAAGUUACCUUAACAAAAUAUGCAUCUAUUUAUUUGACUUGAUUUGGGUUUUUAUUUGGCAGUGAGAUAUUCGAGAGACGAUGUGCAAAAACUGUAGUUUUAUUUGUAUCACAUCUCUGAACAUGAUUGCGUUUUUUUUAAAGUCAUGUGGUACGGAGAUUGGGUUUUAAACAGCAGGUGUUGCACUGCAGGCUGGGAGACCAGCUUCAGCUCAACAUUCCAUAGGCAUCCACAUAUUUUAGUCUGGUUUCAGUUUAAGUCCAGUCUCUGAGAAAUGCUGCAAAAACUAGAUGUUUAACGAUAUUUUUGAUCCCACCACCACCAGCCAAAUAUUUUUCCUCCUUUUCCCUUCCUGCAAACUUCUAGGAAAAAAAGAAAAAGAAAAAAAAAAAAAAACAGAAAAAUCACCUUUUCUAGAAUCUAAAUGUAAUGAGGGUGCUACAAGUUUGUAACUGUACUGUGAGAGGGAAAAAGGAAGCCUGUUUGUAUGCUGGAAAUAUACUUGUUACCAUUCCUUUAGAUAUUGUUUGCCUUAUGGAUAUCCAUCAUAAACGCAAUUUGCAAAAACAAAGAGCCUUAGUGAAUGUACAGUAACUAGACUUCUGUGUUCUUGGGAUGCAGAAGGGAGCAACUUUGCUAUUUGGUCCUUUAAGUGGACACAUUGUGAUAUAAAUGUGGAAAUAAAAAAAAUUUGCACAAAACA